ACAUCAUAUUUAAUUGUCUCCUCUCACUUGUUACUAUAUCUCUUCGGUUCUGUGCUGCGAGUGGGAGAUCGCCGCAUACAUACUGAUAAGAUAUAUCGCGAUUUUAUCAUCCCACUUCCUUGCUGUGAGCUCAACAGCCAAUAAUCGCAAAAAUGGUAUCUAUUUCAAGCGCUGCUGAAGCGGUGGCGAGAAUCGCCUACCUCACCAGUGAUACCGUUCUCUCCGUGCAGCCCUCGUUGCAGAAUGACUCAUUGUUCUCCAAGUCGCUUAAGGCCCUCAAAGCUAACAAGACGAACAACCUCUCGUCAAAAGUCACCGAGGUCCAAGCUGUGCGCUAUAAUGAAGAUCCCCUCCUGUCCGCCUUUACCCCCCUUCAGAAUGGCGAGACUACCUCCAUCGUCACCAGCUCUUCAGUCUUGAUCACCGCCGUCCCUCACCUUUACCGUCUCGCCAACAGCCCCGUGGUUGUUCACGUUGCUCUGGAGCCAUCUCCGUUCCCCGAUUUCUCCGUGAUCAGCUCCAUCCGCCAGUCCGGUUUCACAUUCCUCCACUCAGAGACCGUACAAGAGGCCCAGGACAUUGCUAUCACAGCCCACGCGCUUGCUCAAAAGUCUGGGAAGGGUGUCAUCCACUUCUUCGACCCCUCUAACUCUGCCAAGGACCCCUCUAUUCCCGAGGAGGACGUUGAGGUCGUGAAGAAUGUUCUCAACGUUGGUGGAAAUGCUGCCAACUCUGCUGGAACCGAGACUCUUUACGCCGACUCUGGUCGUGUGGCCACUGUCACCGCAGAGACCGUGGGUACUUCACCAACUGGUCAACCCGAGCCAACGAACUUGACCGUUCCCUCUCAACCUCAAACUCCUUUCAACGCUAGCGUUGACAACUCAUCAGUUGGCUCCUCGCGGAGAGAUAGCAGUGCUGGCAGUGAAGCCCCGAGCUCGACCGCGACGACUGUGGACAGUGCCACCAUCCGCCCUGUUAACGCGGGCGAUAUCUUUGAAUGGACAGCCCAGAUUUGGAACACUUUGUUCGAAGAGGUUGGCCGCAGAUACAAUGCCAUUGAGUACACUGGUGUUGCUGAUGCUAAGUCUGCUAUCUUCGUCUUUGGCUCUACCGGAGUCUUUGUGAAUGCUCUCGCCAACGCCAGUGCCAACCCGGAACUGGAGAACAUUGGUCUGAUCACUGCUCGCUUGUACCGCCCCUGGGUCGGUGGACAGAUUUCCAACUCUAUCCCUAGCUCCGUUGAGAAGAUCGCUGUUCUCGAACAAGUUCGCAAGACCACCCGAUGGGGUCCUUCUUUCAUGGACCUGUUGUCCAGCCUGACGCCCUCUGGCGCUCGCGCUCAGCCUCCUCAAAUCGUCGGGUACCGUCUCGGAUAUAUCGAGCCCUCUACUGCUGUCCAGGCCCUUCGCGGUGUCUUGCAGAACCUAAACUCCGCUUCUCCCAUCCAGAACCUCGACAUCGGAAGCUCUCAGGUUCCUACUGUUCAACACGCUCUCGAGCAGCCUCGUAUUGAGAAUGCUUACUUGAAGAUCUUGAAUCAACUCUUUGGUGAGCGCCUCCACAUUGCCAACCAGCUUGGAUCCAAUAAUGCUGGUGUCUCAAGUACUAUUGCCGCAAGCCCCGAGUUUGGAUUUGGUUCGCUGCUCGCUCGCCAGGAGCACCGUCAGCGCUUCAUCCGGGAGGUUGAGGAAGCCACCAAGUCCAACGACUUUGCUACUGACGUUCCCAAGACUUGGUUGUCUCGCUGGGCUCUGAAUGUGAAGGAAGCCGCUAAGGCUAACAAACUGGCCCCUGAUGUGAUUAGUCGCCUCUCCAACGAUGGCUCCGCGAUUUCCCGCCAACUCCUCCAGUCCAAGAAGCUUUUCUACGAGGAAUCUGACUGGCUGAUCGGCUCCGAUGCCUGGGCUUACGAUUUUGGCAACUCCGGUGUUCAUCACGUUCUCGCAUCUGGUGCGAACGUGAACAUGCUCAUCAUCGACUCCCAGCCCUUCUCUGAACGCGCUGCAUCUGACGCCACUCGCCGUAAGAAGGAUAUUGGUCUCUAUGCCAUGAACAGAGGUAACGCAUACGUCGCCUCGGUCGCUGUUUACAGCUCGUACACCCAGGUUCUUCAGGCCAUGUCCGAGGCCCAGCAGUUCAAUGGUCCCUCGGUUGUUGUCGCCUACCUGCCUUACAACCAGGAGAACGACUCGGCCCUUACGGUGCUGCAGGAGACCAAGAAGGCCAUCGAUCUCGGCUACUGGCCCCUGUACCGCUGGAACCCCGAUAACGAGGAGAAGGGCGAGCCAAAGUUCUCCCUUGACUCCGAGCGCAUCAAGCGUGAUCUUGAGGAGUUCCUCCGCCGGGACAACCAGCUUACCCAGCUCAUGAACCGCCACCCCAAGUACGCUCCUGUUCUCUCUGAGUCUUAUGGCACUGAGGUUCGCGCUUUGCAGAAGAGAAACGCCAAGGACUCUUACGAGAAGCUCUUGGAUGGUCUGUUCGGUGCUCCUCUCACCAUUCUCUUCGCAUCCGACGGUGGUAAUGCUCAGAACAUUGCUAAGCGUCUUGGUAACCGUGGUCGUGCCAGAGGCCUGAAGACCAUGGUCAUCGCUAUGGAUGAGUUCCCUCUCGAGGACUUGCCCACUGAGGAGAACGUUGUUUUCAUCACCAGUACUGCAGGCCAGGGUGAAUUCCCUGUCAACGGUCGUAGUCUUUGGGAGCAUGUGAAGAACACCGGUGAUCUCGACCUGUCCACCAUCAACUAUUCCGUUUUCGGUCUUGGUGACAGCCACUACUGGCCCCGUAAGGAGGACAAGAUCUACUACAACAAGCCUGGCAAGGACCUUGAUGAUCGUGUCGCCUUCCUGGGUGGUCGCAAGCUCACUGACAUCGGCCUCGGUGAUGAUCAAGACCCGGAUGCCUACCAGACCGGGUACUCCGAAUGGGAGCCCCGCCUGUGGAAGUCUCUAGGUGUCGAUAAGGUGGAAGGUCUCCCCGAGGAGCCUGCCCCAAUCACCAACGAGGAUAUCAAGAUCGGCUCUAACUUCCUUCGCGGUACCAUCGCUGAGGCUCUUCUUGAUGAGAGCACUGGCUCUAUCCCCGCUAGUGAUCAGCAGCUGACCAAGUUCCACGGUACAUACAUGCAAGAUGACCGUGACCUCCGUGAUGAGCGCAAGGCCCAAGGUCUUGAGCCUGCCUACAGCUUCAUGAUUCGAUGCCGUCUCGCCGGUGGUGUUGCCACCCCCAAACAGUGGCUGCAGAUGGAUGCCAUCAGUAGCUCACACGGUAACGAGACCAUGAAGCUCACUACCCGACAGACUUUCCAGUUCCACGGUGUGAUCAAGCGCAACCUUCGUGGUGCCAUGCGUGCCAUUAACAACUCCAUGAUGGACACACUCGCUGCCUGCGGUGAUGUUAACCGUAACGUUAUGUGCAGUUCUCUCCCCGAGCUGUCUUCCUUCCAUCGUGAGACCUGGGCCAUCUCUUCCAAAAUUAGUGAACACCUGCUGCCCUCAACCUCUGCCUACCACGAGAUUUGGUUGAAGGAUGACAACGACAAGAAGGUCCAGGUUGCUGGAGAUGCUGUCGUUGACCACGAACCCCUCUACGGUCCUACCUACCUCCCCCGCAAGUUCAAGAUCACCAUUGCCAUUCCUCCUCACAACGACACUGAUGUCUACGCCCACGACAUUGGUUUGAUUGCCAUCAAGGGCGCCGAUGGCCACCUCGAAGGCUUCAACGUUCUGGCUGGUGGUGGUAUGGGUUCCACUCACAACAACACCAAAACCUACCCCCAGACUGGUCGCAUGUUCGGAUACAUUCCCGUCGACAAGGUUCACCUUGCCUGCGAGAAAAUCAUGCUCGUCCAGCGUGACAACGGUGACCGCAAGAACCGCAAGCACGCCCGUAUGAAGUACACCAUCGACGAUAUGGGCGUUGACGCUUUCCGAAGCGAGGUCGAGAAGCUUCUUCCCGACGGCCUCAAGUUCGGCGAACCCCGCCCCUUCGGGUUCAAGUCCAACGUCGACACCUACGGCUGGAUUAAGGAUGAUACUGGUCUCAACCACUUCACCUUCUUCAUUGAGAACGGUCGUAUCGAGGAUUCUGCCGAUUUCAAGAUGCGCACUGGUCUUCGCGAGCUUGCUGAGAUGGGCAAGGGCGAGUUCCGUCUCACCGGUAACCAGCACCUGAUGAUCUCUCGCAUCACCGACGAAGACCUCCCCGCCAUCAAGGAGCACAUGGCCAAGUACAAGCUUGACAACACUGCUUUCUCUGGCUUGCGUCUGUCUUCCUCUGCUUGUGUUGCCUUCCCUACCUGCGGUCUGGCCAUGGCAGAGUCUGAGCGUUACCUCCCUGUUCUGAUCUCCAAGCUCGAGUCCACCCUUGAGGAGUGCGGUCUUGCUCGUGACAGCAUUGUCAUGCGUAUGACUGGUUGCCCCAACGGUUGUGCUCGUCCCUGGCUCGCCGAGGUUGCCUUUGUCGGAAAGGCCUUCGGUGCAUACAACAUGUACCUGGGUGGUGGCUACCACGGCCAGCGCCUGAACAAGCGCUACCGCUCUUCCAUCAAGGAGGAUGAGAUUCUUGACAUUAUGAAGGGACUCCUCAAGCGCUACUCUCUUGAGCGUGAUACCGACGGCGAGACCCCUGAGCGUUUCGGUGAUUGGUGUAUCCGCGCUGGUGUCAUCAAGGCCACCACCGACGGACAGAACUUCCACGAUGGCGUUGCCGAAGAUGAGGAAGAAGAAGAGUAAAUGCUGAACACAGCAGUUACACACAUAAUCUCCGAUUUUUUAUGACUCUCAUGGGAUCUAAAAUUUGCUUUCUUCCCCUUCUAAUUGUUGGAAAUUCUCAUGUCUCACGUCGCAAUGCAUUGAUAUCUUGGCGAUUAUAUAAUUCUAUGCAAAAAAUGUUAGAUUUCGUCUUUUUUCUCUUUUAUUCCCUUUCUUCAUGUGAAUUUC